AUGGCUUCUUCUUUAAAUUCAUGGAGCUUUGGGUUCUUUUCAUUGACACUUACAACGUUGGCAAUCAUCAGCAAAACUUCUGUUGCUGCUCCAGUAUACCAGCCAAGCUCCUGGGCCCUUGCCCAUGCCACCUUUUAUGGCGACGAAACCGCCUCCGAGACUACGGGAGGAGCUUGUGGGUAUGUGAAUUUGGUAAGCAAUGAUUAUGGUACGGACACAGCUGCUCUGAGCACAACACUUUUCAACAAUGGGUUUACAUGUUACCAGAUAAAGUGUGUUCAGUCACCUUGGUGCUACAGUGGGGUUCAAUCCACGACUGUGACUACCACCAACCUUUGCCCUCCAAAUUGGGGCCAAGACUCCAGCAAUGGUGGCUGGUGUAACCCUCCUCGAGUCCACUUCGACAUGUCCAAGCCCGCUUUCAUGAAAAUUGCUCAGUGGAAGGCUGGCAUUAUCCCUGUCAUGUAUCGAAGGGUACCGUGCGUAAGGUCAGGCGGGCUUAGAUUUUCUUUCCAAGGAAACGGGUACUGGUUGUUGGUGUAUGUGAUGAAUGUAGGAGGAGGUGGUGACAUUGCAACAAUGUGGGUUAAAGGAAGCAAAACAGGGUGGAUUAGCAUGAGCCAUAACUGGGGAGCUUCAUACCAGGCAUUUGCAGCUCUUAGAGGCCAAUCUCUUUCCUUCAAGAUCACCUCAUACACAACCAAGGAGACCAUCAUAUGUUGGAAUGUUGCACCUGCCAAUUGGAAUGUAGGAUUGACUUACAAGACAAAUGUGAACUUCCAUUAA